CAAAAUAUCACACAUCGCAUAGGAGCGUCACCGCCAUUGGAUUGGUGCGGACGUGUGCCGUUGCCCGUUAUUCGUGUAUCGUGAAAACAGUUAAAUCACUACCACAGAGGUCGCCGAUCUCCAUUUUCCCCGGCACCGUCCACCGCCGUCGACGAUAACGACGACGACGACGACGACGACGACGAGAACGACAAGAACGACGACGAGUCCACAUCGCGACACGUCGCGAACGCGAGGUGAUUCCGAGGUGAAGUGCAUCCUUUGACUUGCUCUUGAAUCUAACGAAGGAAACGAGGUGAUAUCAGCACCGUGUCUACCCGAGGAACUCGACAUUCGAGGAAGCUGCGACGGGGCGUUUACCGCGCACCGGCAAGAUGAGUUACCUGAAGUCGAUUGGUACCGCCGUCAUCUACAUCGGCGUGUUCCUGGCCGUGAUCACGUUCAUGCCUGGUCUACCACCGGACACGGAAUUCCAGGAGUUCAGCGUAACGCCGCCGCGCAAGUUUGAUCCUAAGGUGGGCCCGAAAAAUCGAUUGAACAAUGCCGAGAAGUUAUUCGAUGGUGAAAUCAAUGGUCCAGAAGGAUUUGAUUCUUACGACGGUCAGCUUUACACUGGCGCUCAUGGCGGUUACAUCCUUAGGAUCGAGGAGGAUCGCCUGGUGUCGAUUGUCAAGUUCGGCAAGAAAUGCGAAGGUAUUUGGCAAGAACACAAAUGUGGCAGAGCCUUAGGAAUGAAAUUUGAUAAAAAAGGCAAUUUAUAUGUGGUGGAUACCUAUUAUGGAAUUUUCAAAGUAAAUGUGACAACCAAAAAUUAUGAAAAUAUAGUGAACAUUUCGAAGCCGAUUGAUGGAAAAAUUUCACGGAUUCCUAAUAGCAUAGAUAUUGCAAAAAAUGGAGAUCUUUAUUGGACCGUUUCUAGCACCGACUUUGCGCUUUACGAUAUAGUGCAGUCGUUUCUAGCGAAUCCAUCGGGAAGGCUCAUACGUUAUAAUGCAGUUGAAAAGAAAAAUGAAGUAUUGAUGCGAAAUCUUGCAUUCGCAAAUGGAAUCAUGUUAAGCGAUGACGAGAGUUUCGUAAUUGUGGCGGAAACGCAAGCAAAUCGUAUCAUGAAGUAUAAUCUGAAAGGACCAAAAGCAGGGCAGCAGGAGAUCUUCAUUGAUGGUUUACCAGGUCUCCCGGACAAUAUCCACAGCGAUGGUCAAGGUGGUUUUCUCGUGACUUUGAUCAUAACUAUCGAUUCUGAGCAUCCUCAACUUUUUCAGUCUCUUGCGCCGCAUCCAUAUAUCAGAAAAAUGUUAGUGCGAUUGUUACUGACGAUGGAAUUACCAUUUAAACUGUUGCACGAUAUCUAUCCCAAUAUUUUCACGGAGAGACUUCUGCACGCGAUCGGAUCAUUCCAUAGUCUUGGAUCGUUAAUACAAGCAAAAGAUCAAAGCCUGUUGUUGAGAAUAGAUGCAUCCGGUAACAUUAUUGAAAUUCUUUCUUCAGAAGAUGAUACAAUAUCUCAUAUGAGUGCGGCUCAUAUACACAAUGGCUUUUUAUGGUUUGGCUCUCCAUGGAAUAAAUAUCUCGCUAGAGUUCCGUUAAAACAAGCUUUUCCUGAUCUAGCUAAUAGUGGAAAGCAAUUUUCUCAUUCCAAGAGUGAGAAAUUACCAAAUGUUGAUAUAAAGACAGAAAAAGUGAAACGAGACACAGGUUCUAUGACACCAAAAUCAACUGCCGCUCCUACGACACCUAAGCUAACCGCCGCUCCCACAACGACGCCUAAACCAACCGCUGCUCCCACAACACCUAAGUCAACUGCUACUCCCACAACAUCUAAGUCAACCGCUGCACCAAAAUCAUCUCCUAAAGCGGAUAAACCUACAAAUAACAAUGCGAAACCAUCAGAAAUUAAAUCAUCUGCCGAAGUGAAGAAGGACAAUGCAAAAACAGCUAGCAAUGCGAAAUCAAAAUCUCCAAAUGUGAAAUCUGAAGAAGAUAUACAAUCCAAAAAGAACGUAAAAGUAGAACAAGAUGCUUCCAAGCAAAAAGCUCAGAAGUCUCAUUCCGAGAAAGUUAACCGAGUCGAAACGAGCCGUCCGAAAAGCGACCUCUAAAUGAAUGAAGUAAAUUAACUAUGAUAUAAUGACUUUUGUGAUACCAUACCAACACUUGUUGAACGGUACACUCCAUUUUUCAGACAUUCCAGACAUUUAAAAAAAAAAUAGAUUGAAGAUAUCAUUUCAUGAUAUCAAUUUGCUAAAUUUUAUAAUAUUCAAAUUGUUAUAUCCGAGUUAUGCACAAAUUAUGUAUAAGUUGUGAUCUACUAUUACGGGUGCUAUGAUUGGAAAAAAAGGUCUUAUAUAAAGGUCCUCUUAAGAAA